AUGGCCGGUAGAAAUCUUCCUUUAAUCUCGAAAAAAGAGCUCUCAGCUCACGCCACGGAAAAGUCGUGCUGGGUGUCUUUAUACAACAGAAAAGUCUAUGACAUAACAUCGUUUUUGGACGAGCAUCCAGGUGGACCUGAAGUGAUUCUCGAACAUGCUGGUAAGGAUAUUACUAAGGCUCUUGCUGAUCCAGACAGUCACGUGCACUCAGAGAGUGCAUAUGAGAUGCUUGAUGAUGGCAUGCAGGUGGGAUACCUAGCAACAGCCGAAGAGGAGUCUGAGUUGCUUGCCAGACAUAAAGGUAUGCACGUUUCUCCAGAGGAUACUUCAGCUGAGCGUUACGAUUCCGUUCCAAUUGAUUCAACUGGAAUGAAGACGGUCGAUCUGACAGACUUCGGCGAGAUUCCAGACGAUCUCGUCCACUUGAAGACAGAUGCCGAGCAGGAUUUCAAGAAGUACAAGUUUUUGGACUUGGAUAAGCCACUUUUAAUGCAAGUUUUAAGAGCACACUGGACAAAGGCCUUCUACUUGGACCAGAUCCACAGACCUAGACAUUACGGAAAGGGAUCAGCACAGAUCUUUGGAAACUUCUUGGAGCCAAUCUCUCUCACUCCAUGGUGGAUUAUUCCUACUUUGUGGCUUCCUGUUAACUUCUAUAUCUUCUACCAGGGUGUCACCCACUUGAGUCCAAUUGUGUCCAUCCCAUUAUGGCUUUUGGGAUUGUUCGUAUGGACUCUAAUUGAGUACUGCAUGCACAGAUUCUUGUUCCAUCUUGACACGUAUCUUCCAGACAACCAGUACGCAUUCACUCUUCACUUCUUAAUGCACGGUGUGCAUCACUUCCUCCCAAUGGACAGAAUGAGGUUAGUGAUGCCUCCUGCAUUAUUCGUAGUUCUCUGCACUCCUUUCUACAAACUUGUGUUUGCAGUUUUCCCAUACUACGUUGCUUGCUGUGCUUUUGCCGGUGGAUUCUUGGGCUACAUUUUGUACGAUAUGACACACUAUGCUCUUCAUCACGCUAAACUUCCAAAGUGCUUCAAGACAAUCAAGACCAGUCAUUUGGAACACCACUACAAGAACUACAAGCUUGCCUUUGGUGUCACCAGCACUUUCUGGGACUGGGUUUUCGGUACUUUAAUCAAGCCUGAGGAUGUCUACCAGAAGACUGUUUGA